AUGUGGUCUAUCGUUAAGAAGCGCAACUCCGAGCUGAGACCGGUCAACAAGCGUCUUGGGGCCAAUCACGACAACGACCCCUUUCCCGUUGCAUCGCCAGUACUGGUCUACACUGGAGUACCGCGUAAGCUGGCACCGGCAUUCACACUAGGGCAUGUGAAGGAGAGAGUGAGCACUAAUCGUGUCCGUAUCAUUCACCCCAACGGUACUACAAGUAUCGAAAACCUUCGCAACGUGGUCCCUAUGAUUCAGUAUGAUCGCGAUCCUCCCCAACAAGAUGAUUUGCCUGAUGAGUGA